AUGGUGCUUCCCAGUCAUGCUCCUACUUUGAUGGAAGCAUCUCCCGAUAUCUUCCUGUCAAAGUUGGAGAUCCCUCAAUUCUCUGUGCGGGAUCGAUGGUGGGAAGAAGAUGCAAUCGUCACGCUGCGGGCUUAUGCCCUCAAGCCCAUCCUUCAGGGAUUCCGCUUCGGUUUCUUUCGCGAUAUGAAAUCUGUGAAGUACAUACUGGAGAGUCGCCCUCCGAGUGUACUCAAUUCUUUCAUCACUGCUUUAUCAAACCCGCAUGAGCCCUACCUUUCUGAACAGUCGAAUUGCGAGAAAUUGACUUCGUGGAGCUGGUUUCCCUCUGCACAAGGAGAUUUAUCAAGCGCUCAAAGAAUCGCCCUGGAAAUCGAAGCGGAAAGUCACUUCCAAUUUAGACAGAUAGCUUUCGAAGACAUUGUUCGCGCCGCCCUUGGGUAUGAAGCACCAUCAGUAGAAUGGUUUCUUCAGCAACACAGGGCACUUGGGGCUCUUUUCCUGAAGCAUAUGCGGGCCUACCCGAAGGAAAUCACCGUUUAUUCAAUGGUAGAGGAGCAUCUUCGGACACUAAGUCCAUUUGCUCAUCAAACCCUUGCCCAAUGUCUCAUGGUCUUUCAACCUGACGGGGAAAACAACAUGCCCCUGCCUGAUACGCCCGGCUUUUCAUUCAUAGCAGGCCCCAUUCAACAACUGUUCAAAGAGAACUCAUGCAGCCUGAGAGAGAUGUUCAAACUUCUGAGUGUUCUUGCUGCACGUUUCCAGCAAACAUAUACGCACUCCUCCACGAUGAGCUGGACACAAGACUUUGACGUUUCCCUUCCGCAUAUAUCUACCGAGGAAUGA